UACUAUUCUUGAUUAGCAGCUGAGAAAGACCAUUUCAGUGGACAAUCAGCGCCGAAAAAUCUCCAUGGGAGGGAGAUGAAGAUCGGCAGCGAAAGAAGCUCGUGCGGAAAUUUCAUGAAGAAACACCAUUGCUGAAUUAAAAGUCAUCACCCAAAGCAUCUAGCGAGCACAAAACCGAUGUUUUAAUGAAAAUGACGAUUAGAGAAGCUCCAAAUCAACUUUAUUCAAAAUCAAGAAUUGGGAGAAAGCACAUCGGACAGACGAGUUCAUCUGCCUUUGAAAGAGCCUAAAAACAAGAGUAAAAUGGCAUGCAAUAGAUCACAAGAUUUAUACGACAUUUGCCGGAUCAACGAUAUUUGUGUCAACCUUCUUAGUCAAUGACCCCAACGGCCUAAGUUACAAAGUUGAGAAGGUCCGACCAUAUGCAAGAAAACCGGAAAGAUACACAAUGUACAAUAUCAGGGAAGUGACUCUCAAAUUAGGGCCAUUGAACACAUCAACGUGUGCCGUUCACCACACUGCCCCAGCUUUUGUAUUCAGUGCAGGAGGGUACACUGGAAACUUUUUCCAUGACUUCAAUGAUGUGUUCAUCCCGCUUUUCAUCACCGCGUGUUCUAUGAUCAAGAUAUUGUUUUGGUAAUCUCCCAAAUGAAAGAUUGGUGGGUGGAGAAGUAUAAGAGCUUACUUCAGAGUUUUAGCAAGCACCAAAUCAUAGAUUCGGACAAAGACAACAGCUCACAUUGCUUUCCUGGUGCCUCAAUCGGUCUCAUCAAACAUGGUUUCAUGACAAUUAAUCCAAAACUAAUCCAAACUUCAAAAACCUUAGUUGACUUUCACACGCUAUUAGCCACGGCAUACAACAAACAAGUCUUUGUUCCUCGCAUCGUCAAUAGGAACAUUGGUGUGGGACCCAACGUCACAACUAAGCCGCGCCUCGUGCUAAUGAGUCGCAAUAAGACUGUUGGUCGUGCAAUGCUGAAUGAGCCUGAAGUAGAAAGGAUAGCAGAGAAUACAGGAUUUCAGGUAAUAUUAUUUGAACUCACAAGAAAAACAUCCUUAAAAGAAGCAUUCGCAUUAGUAAACUCGAGCCAUGCAAUGAUUGGGGUCCAUGGUGCUGGACUAACGCAUGCAAUGUUUUUACGCCCUGGUUCAGUGUUCGUUCAAAUCAUUCCAAUCGGAGCCGAGGAUGUAUCGGAAUAUUGUUAUGGAAUUCCCGCAAGAGUCUUGGGGCUAGAUUACAUGGAAUAUAAGACCAAGACAUACGAGAGCAGCUUAGCAGAGAAGUAUGGAAACGAUAGCAAGAUUUUGAAUGAUCCAUUGGCUCUUCAAAGAGGAGGUUGGCC